AUGAUUUAAUAAUAAGUAAGGGAUCUCUUUUCAUUUACACCAAUUCUUUAAUCAACUUCACUAGAUGACGACUAAUUACCUUCCUAUUCGACCUACGCAUAUGAUUUAUAUGAGAAGAAAUUUAGAAGGAUUUCUAAGUUUGUUAAUUUUGAUUAAUUGAACUACGUUCCAUUUUAUGCUGCAUCUGUUAGAAUUUCAAAUACAAACGAUUUCUUAAUCACUGGCGGAGCAGUUUUAUAGGAAGACAAUCAAGAUUAAUAUUUUUCAACCAAUUUUUGCAUGAAAAUAACAGUAAAUAAAGAUAGUGUAUUAAUAUCAUCUUUCGAUUCCAUUUAAUAAUAAUAGAUAUUACCAUCAUUGAUAUAUCCAAGACAUAAUCAUAAAAUAUUUGAAUUAAUACUCAAUGAUAAACGAGCUUUUAUAGUUGUAGGUGGUUAGUAUGUUAAUUCUAAUGAAUUUGGAGUUUUUAAUUCUUGUGAAAUGUUAAUUGAAGGAUCAAAUGAAUGGAUACAAAUAGCACCCUUAUAAAAAAAUAGAACUGGAUUUUCAGGAUUCGUAUAAAAUAAUAAAAUAUACAUAUUUUGUGGAAUUUCUGGUUUUAAUGAAAAAAAACAUGAAAUAAUACCACCCACAUAAAUUGAAGUUUACAAUCCAGAAAAAAAUGAAUGGGAAUAAAUUAAAUAUAAAUGUCCUUUAGGAAUUACAAUAGGUUUAGAUUGUCUUUGCUUGCCGAUUAAUGAUAACAAAGUAUUAAUUUUAGGGGGAUCAAAAGAAUAAAGUUCAGAUUAGAUUUUAAUUAUGGACUAAGAUAAAAAGGCAUUCACAAAGCAUCCAUAAAAGUUAUCCAUUCCUAAAGCAAAAUGUUAUGGACGGUUCUCUAGAAAUAUCGUAACUAAGAAAAUAAUACGAGAGGAAAAUCAAGAAACUAUACAAGAGGAAUAAAAAAAUUUGAUAAUAAUCUUGGGUGGAAGUAGUUACUAGUUAGAUCUAGAGAUUUACCAAUUAUUAGAUGAAGACAAUCUAUAAAUAAAAUUACUCUAGAAAUAUGAAUUCGGUGAUGUUCUAGAUUAGGAUUAUGAAAUAAAUGGACUUCCUAAUAAGACAUCAUGGAAUUUUGUUUUUUAAAGUUUACCAAUUUUAUCGGAAUGA